AUGUCGCUAAUCCCCUACCACCCUCGUGAGGGUCGUGAGAUUGUGCUUCGCCACCACAACUCCGUCGUCGUUCGUGAUCCCGAUUCCCACCGCCUCGAGAUCCGUCGCACCGAAUGCCCGACAUGUCACCAGCCUCUUGGUCAUGCUUCGUCUCCCGAACGACCUCUUGACAGACAUUACGACAUGAGUCAUGAGUAUGUCAAUCCAGACUAUUUUCGUAUGCUCCGCGCGGGGAACGAAGUCUCUGCGCCGCCAAACGGCCCUCCCAGUCCCGUCAGGAGGCUCUUCCACCCUGCGCUGGCCGGCACUCCUUCGGUGCACUCUACCCCCCCCUCUGUUACCCUCGAUGAGGAAGCAGAGUUUGUCUCGAGCACCCCCGGCGUAGGCCAGGCCGAGGGGAGCAGGAUACGAAGAAAUGCCUUCAGCCCUGACUACUUCAAAACCUUUUUCGUCGAAGAAACUGUACUGGGCAGAGGCGGGAAAGGCGUCGUGCUGCUUGUUAGGCACGAAAUUGAUGGCUGCCAGCUAGGUCAUUUCGCUUGCAAACGGGUCCCAGUCGGCGACGACCAUGCCUGGCUGGAAAAGGUUUUGAUUGAGGUUGAGCUUCUGGCCAAGCUUUCGCACCCGAACCUCGUCUCUUACCGCCACGUCUGGCUCGAGGACGUGCAGCUCACCCGAUUCGGUCCCAGUGUUGCCUGUGCCUUCAUCCUACAGCAAUACUGCAACAGCGGGGACCUCCAUCAGUACGUUGUCGGCAGCGCGCCACGUGAAGCAACCAAAGAGGAGCUCAAGGCUCGGAUGCGCCGUCGCUCCAAGGGCCAGGCAGAGCCACCCCACCACCUCUCGCAGGCAAAGCCACAGCUAUCUUUUGAAGACAUCUACUCAUUCUUCAAAGACAUUACGUCUGGAGUUGCCUACCUGCACGCCGCCAACUACAUCCAUCGCGAUCUCAAGCCUAACAACUGCCUCCUCCACCGGGAAGGUGGCAUGCUGCAAUGCCUCAUCAGCGACUUUGGAGAGGUCCAGCCGGAGAACGUGGUGCGCAAAUCCACUGGCUCCACGGGCACCAUCUCCUACUGCGCCCCAGAGGUGUUGAAGAUGGACGCCAAUGGCCGGUACGGCAACUUCACUACAAAAUCUGACAUGUUCUCGCUGGGCAUGAUCCUCUACUUCAUGUGCUUUGGUAGGCUUCCGUAUCAGGGAGCCAACGCCAUUCAAGAAGAGCUCGAGGAUAUCGAGCUGCUCCGGGCCGAAAUCGUCGACUGGAAAGGAUUCCAGGACGAGCGACGCGAGCGCACAGACCUGCCGCCGCGGCUGUACAAGCUGUUGAAGAAGCUGCUGGCGCUGGACCCAGCGGAGCGCCCAAGUGCAAAUGAAGUCUUGAUUGCUAUGAAGAGCGAGACGAGCUUCGACGGCAUCACAAGAGGAGACAGGACCGCGGCUACGUCAUCUAGCCCACGCAGCAGCCGAGUCCAGAAUCUAGACUCUCCAGCCCCCCCGGGUACUCCUGUUCCAGACCCGCGAAAGGAGCGAACACGCAGGCGAAUGACUCCGCCGGUCGUACCUUGA